AUGGGUGAAUGUCACAAUAACAGCAGCUUCUCCAUGACGCAAGACCUGCCGGAGAAUUGUCCUGACUCUUUCAAUUCCAGCGCAUACGAUCUGGACUAUGGAGUUCCACGGGAGGAGAUCCCCGAUACAACGCAGGGAUGUGCGUUUUUUGUGGCUACCAUUGUCAUAGCCAUGGUCCUGGUCUGUAUCAUAUUAGUCUGUGGCAUUGGCAACUGUCUGUUCAUUGCCUCUCUGGCGCGCUACAAAAAACUCCGUAACCUCACCAAUCUCCUCAUUGCUAACUUGGCCGUGUCGGAUAUUCUGGUGGCUGUAGUGUGCUGUCCGUUUCUGUUGGAUUACUAUGUGGUGAAGCAGCUGUCAUGGGACCAUGGGCUUGUCCUGUGCGCCUCAAUCAACUAUUUACGCACGGUGUCCUUGUAUGUGUCCACCAACGCGCUGCUGGCAAUCGCAGUGGACAGGUACAUGGCCAUCGUCCACCCUAUGAAGCCUCGCAUGAAGUACCAGACGGCCUACAGCCUGAUCCUGGGCGUGUGGAUCGUACCCAUAGUCAUUUCUAUCCCCUCUGCCUACUUUGCUUCCGAGAUCACAUAUCCGCGCAUCUCCAGUCAGAGCCACAAGACCUUCUGCGCCCAGAUCUGGCCUGUGGACCACCAGCUCUACUACCGCUUCUACUUCCUCUUCAUCUUCGCCCUGGAGUUCGCCGGGCCCGUGGCCAUCAUGGCCGUGUGUUACGCACGGAUUUUGCGGGAGCUGUGGUUCAAGAGCGUGCCUGGCUUCCAGACAGAGCAGAUCCGGAAGCGGCUGCACAGACGGCGGAGGAUGGUGGUGGUGCUGAUUCUGGUGUUGGCCGCCUACGUGCUCUGCUGGGCACCGUACUACAGCUUCACACUGGUACGGGACUUCCACCCCACCCUGAUCUCCAGGGACAGGAACUCCCUGGUGGCCUUCUACAUAAUCGAGUGCGUCGCCAUGAGCAACGGGGUCAUCAACACGCUGUGUUUCGUGAGCGUCCGCAACACUGCCAAGUGCAUGCGGACAGUGACCAGGCUGCGCUGGAAGUCUGUCAAAUGUGCAGCGGGAAAGACGGUGGAUGAGCACACCUCGUCUUUACGCGUGACAGAGGAUGUUGAGUGCACACGCCUGAGAUAG